AUGACACGGAACAAAGCCAUCGUUGCGGAAGAAGAGAGUGCGGCGGUCGCGGCUGAUGCAGCCAAUGAGUUCAAAGAUGAUAUGGAUCUUCAAGAACUGAUCAACCAAUUCACGGCGGAGAAUGAGAAUGCCGACUCUCAGGAUACCUCCGGGACGAUGGAUAAGUUCACCACCCAUGCCCUUCGGCAGAUCCAAACCGAGUCCAGCGGCGAGUGCCCUAUCUGUUGUGAAGAGCCUAUGGUUGAUCCUGCGGUGACAGCGUGCUGGCAUAGUGCGUGCAAGAAAUGCCUCGAAGACUUCUUGCAACAUCAAAUGAACAAGGGCGUCGAGGCACGGUGCUUCAACUGCCGUGCACCAGUAGAUGCAAAGAACACCUUCGAAGUAGUGCGGCAUCCGUCAUCAAACUCAAUUUCUUUCGGAGACGACACUGUGAGCAGCACGGCGCCAACCAGCUCUCAACCUGCCCCACGAAUCUCCCUCCGUCGCAUAUACCCCCUCUCUCCUUCCGCUCACACUUCAGCCAAAAUCCACGCCCUUAUUGCCCACCUUGGACGCAUCCCUCCAAAUACCAAAUCCGUUGUCUUUUCCCAGUUUACCUCCUUCCUGGACCUGAUCGGCCCACAACUCUCCCGAGUCGGAAUCUCCCAUGUCCGCCUCGAUGGCUCGAUGCCCCAAAAGGCCCGUGCCACUGUUCUAGCCGAGGACAAGCGGGCCUGUAAAGACUAG